GCUAGCUAGUACAGUACAAUCAUAGGCAUCCAUCAAAAUGGCUUCAAGAAUCACUGCUGUAUUCCUAGUCGGGCUGCUCCUCUCGUGCGUCGCCAUGAGCAGCGGGGCAAGAAUCCUGGGGAAGGAGACAACUCCAUCCAAAGGCGAGGAGCACCUCCCGGAGCUGCCAAUGCUGCCCAAGGUCGAGCUGCCGCCAUUCCCGGAGGGGCAUCUGCCACCUAAGCCCGAGCUGCCCAAGGUAGAGCUGCCGUCGUUCCCUGAGGUGCACCUGCCACCCAAGCCCCAGCUGCCAACAUUCCCGGAGGUGCACCUUCCAGCCAAGCCGGAGCCGCCAAAGGUGGAGCUUCCACUGAAGCCAGAGAUGCCCACCAUCCCGGAGUUCCACUUCCCGGAGCCGGAGGCUAAGCCAUGA